AUGGGACCCUUCCUUCCGUCAGCCACCGCUGUCAAAAUUGGGGAAGUCUCCCUCAAACGUAUCACCCGCCUCCUCCUUGGCCUCCUUGGCCAAGUUGAACGCCUCAAACAGGAGGUUGCAGAAAUCAAGGAAGCAGGGAUCAAGACCUGCACCAACAUUGAAAACAUCUCCCAAACCAUCAAUGUUGUCAAGGAUGGGCUUAAAAGCCUCCAAUCCCAUGGGCCCAGGACCCCAGAAGACACCAAGCCCCUGGUUGUGGAAGCAACGCCACGCCCCUUACCAAAGGCCAACCCUACUGGAUUGGUUAGUUGGGUCUCCUUCUGGCCUGAACCAUUGAAAGGGCUCCCAUCCUUUGCCCAACCAGCCCCGGUACAAGCAGUGCCCCCGCAAGUCCCAUCUCCCCCUAUCUCUCCGCCCACCCACUACCCCGCUCUGGUCAAGGUUGACCACCCCAACGCCUACACAGGCAAAAUAGGGAGCAAAGCCAAACAGUGGCUGACUUGUAUGCUGGCCUGGACCCGCCUCAACUUGCGGAUGUUCCCAACCAAUCAGGAGGUUCUUUCCUUCCUCCUGAUGAACAUGAAAGAUUCCGCUGGGGCCUGGGCCCACCCCCACUUAGACCAACUAGGCUCACACCAAGCCAUAAUUCAAACGGUCAAAGGGUUCAAAUUGGAGUUUUUGGCGGCAUUUGGCAACCCUGACGCCACAAGGGCCGCCAAGCGGAAGAUAACUACUCUUACCCAGUCCAGCACAUGCGCGGACUAUAUCACAAAGUUCAGAACCUUGGCAAUGGAGCUGGACUGGAACAACGCGGCCCUUAGAGGCCAGUUUGCCUGUGGCCUCCAUUGGGAGGUCAGCCGUCAAAUAGCAACCCACAAGCACCGCCCCUGUACCCUCCUUGAGCUGCAAAAUGCAGCACUUGUCAUCAACAACGCUCUCCGCAAAGAGCGUGCUAGCCAUCCACCAAAGGAUAGUAAGCCUAGCAGACCAUCCAACCCCGCAAGGGGGACAAGUACCGGUCAAGCCACUUCCAGUUCAAAGAAACUCUCCAAUGACCCCAACUUUGUGUUGGAAGAAGAACAGAACCGCCGCCGCGCCACCAGCGCCUGCAUCAAGUGCGGUAAAAUGGGCCAUAAGUUUGCGGAAUGCCGCACAGGCUGGAAAGCCACCCCCAUUGAGGAUAAGGGGAAGGCUAAGGAAACCGCCAAGACUGGCAAAGAAUCUGGACCCAAAUUGGGAAAAGAUUAA